GUUUGGCGUCGGAACCACCUCCAGAACCGGCCCCGGAACCACCCCCCGACCCGGCCCAGAGAGGACGGGGCUUUUUACGCAUCGGGGCCGGUGUUCGGCGCACCUUGCCCUGCCUCUCCCGGAGCGUGUGCCCGGUGCUGUGGAGCUGUGGACGCGGCAUGGAGCGCUCUGUGGGCGGGUGUGUGCUGGGGCUGUGGGGGUCCGGGAGGUGGAGGACCGGGAGAUGGAGGACCGGGAGGUGGAGGAGCGGGUGUGGACCUCUGCUGCUGCUGGUGGUGGUGCUCGGUGGAGGACUGUGCGCUCAUGCGGGGGACGAUGGCGCCGGCUUCGUGGAUUUGGCGUUUUCUCGGGAGCCUCAGGACACGGUAGUGGUCAGAGGCGGCGUGCUGCGGCUGGACUGCGAGGCGCGCUCUGAUUGGUCCUCUCCCUCCUUGGCCCCGCCCUCUGUGUCCUGGCGUAAAGACGGCGUCGCGCUGGGAUCCUUCGUGGACGAGCGGCGGUCCCAGAUGCCGAACGGGACGCUCCUGAUCCGGAACGUGGUCCACUCCCGGCAUCAGCGCUCCGACGAGGGGCUGUACCAGUGUGUCGCCGCCCUGGAGGGCAUCGGGAGCAUCGCCAGCCGCACCGCCAGGGUCACCGUGGCAGGCCCGCUGCGUGUGCUCGCCCCCACAGACCCCGCCUCCUCAUACCUGGGAGACUCCGCCCUGUUCAGGUGCGAGGUGUUGGGAGACCCCGCCCCUGAGGUGCGCUGGCAGAGGGACGGGCUGGACCUGGACCUGGAGCAGAGUCCGGACUCUCGCCUGGUGCUGCUGCCGUCGGGCGCUCUGCUCGUCUCCGCCGUGCAGCCGUCGGACGGCGCCCUCUACAGGUGCAUCGCCCACAACCCCGCCAGCAGCCGCACGGGCAACGAGGCGGAGCUACGCGUGCUGCCAGAGCCCGGCGUCCCGCGCAGCCUCUCCUUCCUGCUGCGUCCGUCCUCUGUAAACGCCCCCCUGGGAACGGACGCCGUGCUGGAGUGUUCCGCCUCGGGCUUCCCCACCCCCAGCAUCACCUGGAGAAGAGGAGACGAGGUUCUACAGACAAGGAGUAAAAAGUUCUGGCUCCUGGGCGGCUCCAGUCUGGUGAUCAGGAGUGUGACGGUGGACGACUCCGGCUCCUACAGCUGCACGGCCUCCAACAAACUCCAGAACAUCAGCUCCACCGCCAGACUCGAGGUGUUAGUCCCGCCUCAGUUCCUGAGUUUCCCGUCCAGCUCUGUGGCUCUGGAGUCCACAGACGUAGAGCUGGAGUGUGCUGUGACCGGAACACCGCCCCCUACUGUCCGCUGGAUGAAGAACGGAGAGGACGUCAUCCCAUCAGACUACUUCCAGAUCGUGGAUGGGAGCACGCUGCAGGUCUUGGGUCUGGUAAAGUCCGAUGAGGGUUUUUAUCAGUGCGUCGCAGAGAACGCCGUCGGCAUCGCCAUGGCAACAGCUCAGCUCGUCGUCAGGGAGCCAGCCGCCCUCAAUCCCGGCGUCCCCUCGGCUCCUCGGGACCUAAAGGUGCUUCGGGUGUCCUCACGCUUCGUCUCCCUGGGCUGGAGCGCCCCCCUCAGGCCAAACGGAGCACUGCACACCUACGGAGUCUUCUACUCCCAGGACGGAACCAACAGGGAGCGCUCGGUGAACGUGUCAGAGCCGGAGUCUCUGGAGCUGACCGUGUCCAACCUGAAGCCUGAGGACGUCUACAGCUUCAGAGUCCUGUCCUACAACGACAACGGGCCUGGAGAGAGCACCCCAGUACUGCGAGUGACCACCCAGCCCGACUUGGAGGUUCCGAGUCGGGUCCGCUCCCUGUCGGCGCUCCCGCUCUCUCCCACAGCGGUGCUCGUCUCCUGGGACACGCCCCUUCACCCCAACGGGCCUCUGAGCGGGUACCGGCUCCACUGGACCGAGGCGGCGACGGGCAAAGAGCAGACGCUGGAGGUGAGCGCCACCAGCUGGAAGGUGGAGGGUCUGCGCAAGUUCAGCCAGUACUCAGUCCGAGUCCAGGCCUUGAACCGGUUUGGACCUGGGACCUCCUCAGACCCAGUGUCUGUGACGACCUACAGCGACGUCCCCAGUGCUCCUCCUCUGAACGUCACUCUGGACGUGGUCCUGUCUCGGAGCAUAAAAGUGUCAUGGCUGCCGCCGCCGCGCUCCGACCAGAACGGACUCAUCUCGGGGUUUAAAGUCCGACUGAGGAAGAGCACCCGAGGACCCCGAGGAGAGCGCGGAGACCAGGAGGCUGUGGAGGCGCACAACUACUGGCACCUGUUCAGCGGUCUGGACAAGGGGACUCAGUACAGUUUCCAGGUGGCGGCCAUGACGGUCAACGGCUCAGGUCCGUUCAGUGAGUGGGUCACAGCGGAGACGCCCGAGACCGACCUGGACGAGUCCACUGUCCCGGACCAGCCGUCCUCGCUCCACGUCAGGCCCCUCCCCAACAGCAUCAUCAUGUCCUGGACUCCGCCCCUCUCGCCUGCCGUGCUCGUCCGCGGUUACAUCAUCGGUUACGGCGUGGGCAGCCCCUACGCCGAGACGGUGCGAGUGGACAGCAAACAGAGAUACUACGCCAUCGAGAACCUGGAGCCCAGUUCACAUUACGUCAUCUCGCUGAAGGCCUUUAAUAACGCAGGAGAGGGCGUGCCGCUGUACGAGAGCGCCGUCACCAGGUCACUCUCAGACCCCCCUGACCCCUCGGAGGACGACCUCUUCCUCUUUGAUAAGUACCCCACUGCCGUCCCAGACAGCACUACGUUUCCCAUGAUUCCUCCGGUGGGGGUGCAGGCCGUGGCCCUGGGGCCCGACUCCGUGCGCGUGUCCUGGGCCGACAACUCGGUCAGCAAGAGCCAGAAGUCGACCGAGGUCCGGUACUACUCAGUCAAAUGGAAGAGCAGCCACUCGUCCAGCGGCAAAUACAAGUCCGCAGACACCACGGCUCUCUCUCACGUCGUGACGGGGCUGAAGCCAAACUCCAUGUAUGAGUUUUCUGUGAUGGUCACUAAAGGCAGGAAGUCCAGCACCUGGAGCAUGACGGCGCACGCCACCACCUACGAAGCAGCUCCGAGCUCCGCCCCCAAAGACCUGACUGUGAUUGGACGAGAGGGUCGACCGCGGGCCAUCCUCAUCAGCUGGCAGCCGCCCAUGGAGGCCAACGGACGAAUCACAGGAUACACCGUGUACUACACCCUGGACAAAAACGCUCCCAUCGACGACUGGUCCAUGGAGCCGAUCUCCGGGGACCGUCUGACCCACCAAGUCCUGAACCUCAGCCUGGACACGGUCUACUACUUCAGGAUCCAGGCCAAGAACAGCAAAGGAGUCGGGCCCCUGAGCGAACCUGUGGCCUACAGGACGGCCAAAGUGGAGCAUCCAGACAAGAUGCCAAACGACCAGGGGCGCGGAGGCGAGCACCCGUACUGGCACCCGGACAGCACCCACAUCGACCGCAGCAACAUCAACGGCCCCCCCGUGGGGCAGGUGCGUCCUCCUCACACUCUGGCUCCUCAGAGGGGUUCUCAGAUGCUGGUGGUGGUGCUGGUGUCUGUGGGGGCGCUCAGUGUCGUCAUGAUCGUCGUCGUGGCGCUGAUCUGCACCAGGAGAAGCUCCGCCCACCAGAGGAAGAAGCGGGCCAGUGCCAGUAAACGUAAAGGGAGUCAGAAGGAGCUGAGGCCUCCAGAUCUGUGGAUCCACCACGAGGAGAUGGAGAUGAAGAACAUGGACAAACCUCCGAGCGUCGCUCCCUCCGUGCGCGAUUCGCCCAUUCAGACCUGCCAGGACCGCCCCCAGCCCGCCCUCAGCCAAUCAGAGAGUCAGCUGGGCAGCAAGAGCAGCCACUCAGGAGCAGAUGCAGACGAGGUGUCCAGUGCCAUCUCCACUCUGGAGCGCUCCCUGGGGGCCAGACGAGGAACUAGAGGCAAAAUGAUGAUCCCCAUGGAGCAGCCGAGCAACACGCCCGUGGUCAGCGCGGUGGCUCUGGACUCUCAGUAUCCUGCUCUGCUUCAGUCUCCGUCCUGUGGAUUCACCCACAACAAGUUCAGUUUACGCCAGAUGCCCUUCCCCAGCCUCACCGUGGACCGCGGCUUCAGCCCAGCGAUGACGUCAGAGCCGUCGUCCAAUCCGCUGCAGCCUCCCUCUCAGUCAGCUCCGCCUCCUGACCUCACCGCGGCCUCUCUUCCCGCCUCCGCGUCCUCAUUGGCCGUGGGCGUGUCUGCCGUGUCUCCAUUGGCCGGUUCGGUGUCGUCGGAGGAGUCUCAGGGCGGAGCCAGGAGCAUCCCGACGGCGUGUGUGCGACCGAGCCACCCUCUGCGCAGCUUCACCAGCCCCCUCCUCCCCCCGCCACACGGCCCCGCCCACGCCGCCACAGCCACGCCCCCCUCCACCGGCUCGUUGCCGAAGCCUCAGGUGAAGACCGCCUCCUUGGGGUUGGGGGGUAAAGCGCGCUCUCCUCUUCUGCCCGUGUCGGUGCCCACGGCGCCCGAGCUCCAGGAGGAGGCGGGGCUCAAAGCCGACGACACCGCCGCCAACGUGUACGAACAGGACGACCUCUCGGAGCAGAUGGCGAGUUUGGAGGGACUCAUGAAGCAGCUCAACGCCAUCACAGGCUCCGCCUUCUAGCACCCAAUGCCCCGCCCCUUUACAUGUUAACCUCGCCCACAUCUCCCUGGCCCCGCCCCUUUCUGCAAACAGCAAACACCCA